AUGGCUAGAGAUAUAGUUGAAGGGGAUGCAAGGAAUCAAUAUGCAUUGUUGUGGAGUUAUUGUGCUGAGCUUCAAAAGGCCAGUAGAUUAAAUACAUGCAAGAUUCAAUUGGAAAGGCCUUCUCCAAAUGUGAUGCCCAAAUUUGGUAGAUUCUUCAUGUGCUUGGAAGGGUGUAAAAAAGGUUUCUUAGCAGCAUGUAGACCGUUUAUUGGUGUUGAUGGAUGUCACUUGAAGACUAAAUAUGGAGGGCAAUUAUUGGUUGCUAUUGGUAGGGAUCCAAAUGAUCAAUAUUUUCCUCUUGCCUUUGUUGUUGUGGAAACAGAGACCAAAGAUAGUUGGAGAUGGUUUGUGACCUUACUAUUGGAAGACCUUGGAGAUACUACCAGGAGACGGGGUUUAGUACAAAUGUUUGAGGAAAUGAUGGAAGGUGUGGAGCAUCGGUUAUGCUUAAGACAUUUAUAUGAAAAUUUCAAGAAAAAGUUUGGAGGAGGAACAAUGAUACGAGACUUGAUGAUGGCUGCAGCAAAAGCAACUUAUGAAGAGGCGUGGAGAGGGAAAAUGAAUGAACUUAAAGCUUUAAAUAAGAAGGCUUAUGACUGGUUAGUUGCAAUCUCCACAAAGGCUUGGUGCAAGCAUGCCUUCAGCUUUUAUCCAAGCUGUGAUGUCCUAAUGAAUAACUUGAGUGAGGAAUUUAAUAGUACUAUUUUAUUAGCAAGGGAUAAGCCAAUUAUCACCAUGUUUGAAUGGAUUAGGACAUACAUCAUGGCUCUUUUUGCUACAUUAAAUAAAAAAUUUAGUAAGUAUAACGGAAGGGUAAUGCCAAAGCCUAGAAAAAGGUUGGAUAGAGAAAUUCAAAUGAGUGGCAAUUGGCUUGCUACUUGGGCAAGUGAACUAAAGUUUGAGGUAACUCACACCAUAUUUUGUGAUAAAUUUAUAGUCAACCUAGGUGCAUAUUCAUGUACAUGUAACUUUUGGGAGUUGGUGGGUAUACCAUGUAGACAUGUUGUAGCAGCAAUUUGUAUGAGGGGGGAUAAGCCGGAAGACUAUGUUCACCAAUAUUAUUUGAGGGAGACCUAUGCUAAAUGCUAUGGGCAAACAAUAAGCCCAAUUAAUGGCCAAAAUAAGUGGUAUGUGACUAACAAUGAUACAAUAUUGCCACCUGAUUUCAAGAGGGGGCCUAGUAGGCCAAAAAAAUUAAGGAGAAGGAUGCUAGAGGAAGAUGAGAAUCCAACCAAACUUAGGAGAACUCAUACCAGCAAUAGAUGUGGUAGGUGCCUUCAAUAUGGGCACAACAAGAGAAAUUGUCCCAACCCUCUUAAGCAACCAGAAGGUGGUGGAGAACAACAACAACAACCAACUACUACCAAAUCUAAGGAAAAUUAUUGUGGAGUUGGAACAAGUGGAGAUGGAAAUCCGAGUGAAGCUGCAACAAGUGGUGUUAUAGUUACUGGUGUUGUAGCAACAAAUGUGGCUUCUAGAGAUAUAAAUGUCAAUGAUGAUGUUACUCAUUGA